GGUCAGGCGAAUUUUAUGUGUUUGAUUUUCUGAUUUUGGGUUAGAGUUUUUAUAGAAAAUUGAAUUGGGGUUAGGGUUUAUUGUUUUGAAAAAAAAUUAAAAAAAAUUGUUUGGAGUUAGAUUUUGAGAUUUAUAUAUAUACAAAAAAGAAAAAAAAUAUAUGGCGGCUGGGAGGCAUGGGGGUUAUCGCGAGAAUGAGUUCAGGGACCGCGAGUCCAACUUUGAUUUGUCGAGGAGGGAUUUUGCUAAUGGCAAGGAAGAUUAUGAUCGGGUUAGGAGUAGUAAUGGUAGUCGUGAAUAUAAAAGGGGUCGAGGUCGGGGGGAUAUAAGAGACAAGGGUAGGGUUAGGCAGAAGGAUAUUAAGGAGAGGAAAGUGGUGAAUGGUGGGUAUCGAUCAGCUUCCAGUAAGAGUGAUUCGGGCAGUAGUGGUGGUGGUGGUGGUGGUGGUAUUGGUGGGCCCAGGCGAUGUGGGCUUGCGGCUAGGACUGUUGAUAGGGAACCAGGUGAGUUGUCAAGUGAGUCUGAUGAUGCUGUUGAAUCCGAAUCGCAGGUUAAGGAUGCCAGUGUAUCGAAACUGAUGGAGAAUGGGGGUCAGUCUCCACCUCCGCAGAGGAAGAGGAAGUUUUCGCCUAUAAUUUGGGAUAGAGAUGAGAAGGAGGUCAAUAAUUUGUCAAGAAGUAGGGCGUCCACGACAGUGGCAGCAGCCCUUCCUCCUCCCCCGCCAUUGCCUAAGGCAUACCGUCAGUCACCUAAUGUUGUUCCAGAUGGUGGUGUACAAAUUUCUCCUGUUAAGAGCACUAAAGAUGAGAGUGUGGAGCGAUCUUCAUCGUCAUUUGAACCUCCUUUGGCACCUGGAUCAGGGGGGCGUGCUUUGUCCGAGUCUCCAGUAGAAUUGUCUCCUGGGUCGCCAAAGCAGCGGUGGGGUAAUGAUCUCGAAGCAGAGCAAAUAGAAGAUGAUGAUUAUGUUCCAACCCGGAACAUUUCGUCUUCAAGAUGGGCAGCUGGGAAUAACUCUCCGGUUGAUGAAGGUGAAAUUGUAGAUGAUGAGGAAAUGCCUAGAAGGAGAAGGAAAUUGCCUCCGUCGGAGUCACUGGAGGCUGGAGUACACAACAAGUCUUUGAGUCCAGAGCUUGGGGAGCUCAGGAGAGAAGGCUCUGAAAGAUCUGCAGCUAAAUCAUCUGAAUCUGAUGAACUAGUUGCCCAUGCUAGGUCUUUGAGUGGGGAUGAUUACACUGGUAAUAAUUUAGACAAGGAUGACUACAUGGAGAUUGAUGAGGAACGUAAUAAAAAUUAUAGUAGUGUUAGCCAGUCAGAUACAGAUUCUGGGGAUGACGAUGAUUCUCAAGGGACACCUGAACCCUCUCCUUCAGCCUUUCCCCAAAGAAGCUUAAACAUGCUUCAGGGUUGUAGAAGCGUUGAUGAGUUUGAGAGACUAAACAGAAUAGAUGAAGGCACCUAUGGAGUUGUAUAUAGAGCUAGAGAUAAGAAGACGGGGGAAAUUGUGGCAUUGAAGAAAGUAAAAAUGGAGAAGGAAAAAGAAGGUUUUCCAAUGACAUCUCUGAGAGAAAUAAACAUUCUCCUUUCUCUUCAUAACCCAUCAAUUGUAGAUGUUAAAGAGGUGGUGGUGGGGAGUAGCCUUGAUAGCAUUUUUAUGGUGAUGGAGUACAUGGAACAUGAUCUCAAAGGGCUCAUGGAAACAAUGAAGCAGCCGUUUAGUCAGAGUGAAGUGAAAUGCCUAAUGCUCCAGCUUUUGGAGGGUGUUAAGUAUCUUCAUGAUAACUGGGUGCUUCAUCGGGAUUUGAAGACAUCAAAUCUGCUUUUGAAUAAUCGGGGUGACUUGAAGAUUUGUGAUUUUGGGUUGGCACGACAAUAUGGGAGUCCAUUGAAACCAUAUACUCAUUUGGUGGUUACCCUUUGGUACAGGGCACCUGAACUUCUGCUGGGAGCAAAACUAUAUUCCACAGCAAUUGACAUGUGGUCACUGGGUUGCAUCAUGGCUGAAUUACUAUCAAAGGAACCAUUGUUCAAUGGGAAGACUGAAUUUGAUCAACUUGACAAGAUUUUUAGGAUUCUUGGCACACCAAAUGAGACAAUUUGGCCUGGGUUUUCCAAGCUCCCUGGGGUCAAGGUCAACUUUGUUAAGCAUCAGCUUCCAGCUUUUGGUGGUUCUGGUAUAACCUAUUGCGGAAGAAAUUCCCAGCUACAUCAUUCACUGGAUCACCAGUUCUUUCCGAUUCUGGAUUUGACUUGUUAAACAAACUUUUAACUUAUGACCCUGAGAAGCGGAUUACAGCUGAAGCUGCUCUUAAUCAUGAAUGGUUUCGUGAAGUUCCUCUACCCAAGUCCAAAGAGUUUAUGCCAACUUUUCCCGCUCAACAUGCUCAAGACAGGCGUACGCGUAGAAUAAUGAAGAGUCCCGAUCCUUUAGAAGAGCAGCGUAGAAAGGAGUUGCAGCAAGGGCAUUUAGGGACUGGUGGUGUGCUUGGCUAAGAGCAAUGAAUCUCUGAAGUGGCCAUGAUCUUCAUACUUUUGUUUUGUACAACACUAACUAGUGAUAUGGUUGAGGUGAGAGACCUGCAUUGAAAUGAAGUUCCAAACACUGAUUUGUCAGAAGAUCAAUCGUGCUGUUUUUUUAGCAGGCACUAUUCAGUGAUUUGGGUGGAAACUAUUUUUUUGCCUCUUCCUGUCAACUGGAGUCAUUGCAGGUUAACUUUGUUCUCCAGCUUUGGUCAACAUAGCUUGCAUUGCCAGGUGUGGCAUGGAUGCCUUUUUUCUAGUUAAAAAAAAAAAAAGUUUCAGCUGAAACUUGUGUAUGUAACAUAUUCUCAUUGGCACAUUGUAAACUUUGGAUUUGAAAAUUAGAACAGUAUGGAUUUUCUAUCAGCUAUCUGUUCUAUCCUUUUUUAAUUAUCGCAUUGUGUUUGCAAGAGACGGUUGGUUGGUGUGAAGUGGAGGGGAUGCUCUUUGCUUUCCAUUGACGAAGAAAUUGACAGUAACCAUAAUACUUCAGAGUAUCAAAGCAAGCAGGUUGAGGAGGUUUUCUGGGAUUUAUAGAACUUCAAUUAGUUGUCCCUUCUGGCUCGCUGGAGGCACUGCUGGAAGAGUGGGCUGCCUGGAGAUGGGAAAAUUAUGAAAGUGUCCACUUUCCAUGCUAAACCAUAAUGGAGAUUCAGUAGGUGUAAGCAGUAUAGAAAAAUUAAUAUAUUUGUCAUGUGCAUUGUAAUAGUUGUGUCCAAUGAGGUUAAAGCUAUAUAUUUGCCAGGAAAAUUUGCACGUUUUGCAACUCAUUUUGUAUUCACAUUAAGUGGAGUAUUGUUGUGGUUGCUCCCUUUGCUCCUAUCAGCCUGUCAGAUUGGUCGGUGAUGCUACCACAGUUGUGUAACGACCUUCUGAAUUGUCGACAUCAAGAAUCUAGUUUUGGUGACUGGAUGGUUAUUGGUUAGCUGAGGUGAUUGUUACUAACCUUUGCUUUCUCUGUGGGCCAAUUAAAUGUCUUAAUGUACUAAUUCAGGAUGGGGCUUGGGCUGAGAAUGCUUCUAACAUACCCCCCGAGUUAAAAAAAGCUUUACCUCACGGAGUUGAUGUUAUAUUGAAUUUAUCAAUGGAAUUGCUGACACAUCUAUUACUUAGAUAAUGUUAAGAGCGAAAAGGACCUGACAGCUUGGGAAUCUCCUUUGUAAGUCAAUGAUGCGUAAUAUUCAUGGUUGUGUAUUUGAUUUUAUAAGUAUUGA